GCUAUUCCUUGGACGCGGUGAAUCGGGAAAAAUGAUUGCUGCCAGACAGGAAGGACCAGCUCCUGAUGGUGCUUUACCUGCGAUCUUCCCAAGAAUGUCGUGGGUUCAGAAGAUACUGCAGAUUUUCAGAGGCAGACAUCAUGCCUGCCCACACAAGGGAGGGUGCCUGCCUUAUUUCACUUGGACUGCCCUUCGAGGUUUCAGUCAAGGCUUCCUCCUACAGCUUGCAGUGAAGAUUAUCCCGUCCCUACCCCGACUCCUGGGGAGACCCUCGAAGAUCUAUGACUUGCUGACCAACCCACAUAACUUCCAAGCUGGCAUUUUCCUAGCUUGGUUUAUGUCUGUGUUUAAGGGGACAUGCUGCUUGGGUCGCUGGUGGAGUGGAAAAGAUGAGGCAGCACACGGGGCAGUGGCAGGGGUUCUGUCUGCUCUCUCUAUGUAUUUCUACUCUGCCCCAUCACUAGCUUUGUACAUAAUGUGGAAGGCCAUUGAGAGCAUAUACGAGAAAGGCUGUGAUGAUGGUUAUCUUCCUCGUAUUCCUGGCUCUGUGGAGUUCCUGUAUGCCCUGUGUACAGGGUACCUCUUCCACAGUGCUGUGUGGGAGAGCUUUAACAUGAAGCCUUCCUACUGGCGGUUUCUGGAUAGGCUGACAUGGAGCAGAAUGAGUGAAUACAACCGCCACCUCCUCACUCCCUAUGGACUGGAGAGCAGCAAAGAGUUUGCUAACUACUGGCCAAAGUACCGUCUUGAUCAUGUCACCGACAGCUUCAUGCAAGAGUUUCAAGAGGUAAUAGCAAGAGGAAGAUACUAGCCAGGGACUUUGGAGAAAUUUCUCUUCCUUCUCACCGCAGAUGGUGCUAUCCUGUUGUUAUCUUGUUAAAAGAAUUUGAUCAAUUGCAUGUAUAUAUGUGUAAAAGACAAUAGUAUGAGAGAUUAUAAGAGAUUAAUUUAUCAUGUAUGUUAUGAGAGAUUUCUUUAUCAUGUAUGUAUACAUCUGUACUAUGGAUUCUUACAUACAUAUGCAACUGCAGUGUAUGAACAUAAAUGAGAUUCUAUUUCUAAGCUCUCCAUAUCUUUCUCUGUGGAAUCUUGACUCACUAUAGACACAUUUCCAAGUAAUUCUAUCACAGGGAGACUUGCAAAUAGUGUCUAUAAUCGAGUAAUCAAUGGCAAACGUUGACUUACUAUGUUGUUCAAGAAGGGAACAAUCUUAAGGACAAAUCUCACAUUGGGAACCUUUUUCUAACUGAACAUGCUUCCGUAGGUAAUGAGGUCGGCGAAGAAGGCUUGUCAAACACUGCCUCAUAUUUUUUUUUUCUUUAGAUAUGAAUAUAUAGAUAUGUAUGCAGUACAUGUUAUUUUUUUUUUCAUGAGGUUUGGCUGAAAGUCGGCCAUAGGAAAGGGCUUUUGGCUGCUCUCUUCAAGUUGCUCAAAAAGUGUAAGGAUUUCAUUAGGAUUAAGCUUUGUUUUUGGUUUUCUUGUUAGUAUUAUGAUCAUAAUUGUUAUUGUUUUUUUUUUUUUUUAUUGUAAUAGUUAUUCUUAUUGAUAUUAAUAUUUAUAUCUUUAUUAUUACCACACAUGAUCAUUAUCAUUGCCAUUAUUAUUUUUGCUACUAUUAGUAUUGUUUAAUGCAUUAUCAUUAUUAUCAGUAUCAUAUAUGAAAGAACAAUGACAGAUCAUUUGCUAUCAUGGAAAAUGCAACAUACUAAAAAAAGCAACUGUAUUGUAAAUGUUUUCAAUCAUGAUAAUUAUCUUGUCGAUUAAAAUGCUUAAGGGACAUGAUUCUUCUCUCUCAUGUAACAAGAAUUGUCAUUGUCAUGAAUUGUCUUACCAAUGCUUUGUCUUGCGAAUUAGUAAUGGUCUGUUAAAAAUAUUUUUUUAUGAAUAAGUGUCCCAAGAUAGAGAACUGUAGCAAUGUUUCAUUCAUGGCUAUGAAGAGAGGAGUUGGAAAUAAAAGAUUGAAUAAAGAUAUGCAUAGGUGAAUUUA